AGUAAUUUGAUACUUUCUGUAAAAGAGUUUGAUGACGAAGUUUAUGCGGAUCAAUGGCAGAACCAACUCCUUUGUAGCAAAUCAUUUAUCCGAGUCUCUACAAUGCUUGGCUAGCACAUUAAGACGUUGGAGAAGUGGCCAACCUUCAGAAUCCUGGGAGGCUCAUAAGGCAGCAAUCCAAGCACUCAUAAAGCUGCCUUCAGGCGAGCUUGUUACAGGUUCAAGUGAUACAACUUUAAAACUUUGGAGAGGAAGCAAAUGUACACAUACUUUUGUUGGGCAUACAGAUCAAAUAUAGGCUGAUGCACUUGUUCUGAGGGGGAUCAGUUGCACAUUUGAGGAAGGGCACAAAAUACGUAUUGUUGGCAGAAUUG